AUGGAGAAAUGGAAUCAAACUUCAAGUGAUUUUAUUCUAUUGGGGUUGCUGCCUCCAAAUCAAACUGGACUACUUCUCUUGCUCCUAAUCAUGGUUGUGUUCUUUCUGGCCUUCUUUGGAAACUCAACCAUGAUCUAUCUCAUAUGUGUGGAUGUUCGGCUCCACACCCCCAUGUACUUUCUCCUCAGCCAGCUUUCCCUCACAGAUCUAAUAUAUAUCUCUACCACUAUCCCCAAGAUGGCAUUCAACUUCCUCUCAGGUGAGAAAAGCAUCUCCUUUCUGGCAUGUGGAAUCCAAAUGUUGUUCUUUUCAACCAUGGCAUGUUCUGAAGGCUUACUCCUGGCUUCAAUGGCCUAUGAUCGGUUUGUGGCCAUCUGCCACCCACUCCACUAUUCCAUUCGCAUGAGUAAAAGGAUGUGUGUGAAGAUGAUCACAGGAUCUUGGAUACUGGGCUCCAUCAACUCCUUGGCACACACAGUCUAUGCCCUUCAUAUGCCUUAUUGCAGAUCGAGGGCCAUCAAGCAUUUUUUCUGUGACAUCUCAGCAAUUUUGCCUCUGGCCUGUAUGGACACUUGGCUCUAUGAAUAUAUUGUGUUUGUGAGCACAAUCCUGUUUCUUCUGUUUCCCUUCCUUGGUAUCACUGCUUCCUAUGGACGGGUCCUUUUGGCUGUCUUUCAUAUGCAUUCUAAAGAAGGAAGAAAAAAGGCCUUCACCACCUGUUCUACACAUUUAACUGUGGUGACAUUUUACUAUGUGCCUUUUAUCUACACAUAUCUUCGACCCAGGAAUUUCCGGUCCCCCACAGGAGACAAGAUUCUGGCUGUAUUUUACACCAUCCUCACCCCUCUGCUUAACCCCAUCAUCUACAGCCUGAGAAAUAAGGAAGUCCUGGGAGCCAUGAAAAGAGUACUUGGAAAGCUGCCUGUGUUAUGA